AUGGAUAAUAAGGAAUUGGAGUUUUUUGAGUCUGUCGAAGAGGAGGAUGUAUGCUCUCUAGAAGGAGAGUCGAGUGAAGAAGGUGGCAGAGCCAGUCGUCCAGUGAUAAUUAUUUCGAAGCCAAGAGUUAGUGAAGUAGAAGCAAGAGUUACACCAAGAGUUAUAAUCCAGAAGCCAACAGCUUCCCCUUAUAAAGAUAGCCGUAGGGUGCCUUGGAAUUAUAACUGUAGUAUAACAGUUUCAGAGAAGGAGGGUUCGAUUAACACGUCAAACAUAGAAGUCGAACCAGUAAAAGGGAAACUCAUCAUGUUUAAGAAAGAAGCAGAGGGAUCAGAAUCACAGGUUAAUGAGCCAGUAAUGGAAACUGAAGCUAAUGAGUUUUUGAAGUUCCUAAGACACAGCGAGUAUAGUGUCGUAGAACAACUACACCAACGACCGGAUCGUAUAUCGGUAUUGGCUCUGCUGUUAAAUUCGGAGGUCUACCGUAAAGCAUUGAUGAAAGUGUUGAACGAGACCUAUGUUGCAGAUGACAUUUCGGUUAACAAAUUAGACCGGGUAUACGCUACCGGAGUAUUAGUUGAUAAUGGGUCCGCAUUGUACGUGUUACCGUGGGCUACAUUAAACCGUUUACCUAUAGACAGUUCUCAUAUGAAGACGUGUCAGAACAUAGUAAGAGCAUUUGAUGGCACAAAAAGGAAAGUAAUGGGGAGGAUAGAAGUACCUCUUCAGAUUGGCCCAAACACAUACGAGGUAGAUUUCCUCGUGAUGGAUAUUAGGCUUUCCUAUAACUGUCUAUUAGGAAGACCUUGGAUUCAUUCAGCUGGGGCAGUGCCAUCCUCGCUGCACCAGAAGCUAAAGAUGGUUACUGAGGGUUGGCUAAUAACAAUAAAUACGGAGGAGGACAUUAUUGCGUCAGUUACCAGUGAUGCACCCUACAUAGAGAAUGACAACGAAGUAGUUGAAUGUUCAUUUCGAUCAUUAGAGUUUGUAAACACAAUGUUUAUAGCUGAAGGAAACAGGAUUCCGAUACCUAGGAUAUCAGGAGCUACGAAAAUGAGCCUGCAGUUGACAGUUGGAAAAGGGGCGUUACCUGGCAGAGGACUCGGGAAGCACCUCUGUGGACAAGUUAGAGUACCAGUCUUGGAGAGGAUAAAAGAAGGAAUGGUCGGAGAUGUAAUGGGAAUUUGGAGCGUCAACGCCACAUUUGAAGAGGAAGCAAUAGAAAGGAAUUUAUCAGGCAUUUGCCCGUAUGAGCCUGAGAGUGUUUUGAAUAAUUGGACUGUAGAAGAAAUUCCUGUAAUCUUUAGAGAUAACAUAGAGCCCCCGGAUGUCAACGUCAUGAGUAAUGCUGAUACGAGCCCGGAAAAUCCUUUUGAGCAAGAUAUACGCUUUGAGGGAUUUCAAGAGUUUGAAGAGGACGAAGAUCGUGGUUUAUCUCCCGAUUUGUUAAGGAUGAAGGAGCGAGAAGAUGAACAGAUCCUGCCACACAAAGAGACUACUGAGAUUGUGGCCCUGGAAGAGGGGAAGGAAGUUAAAAUUGGCACUUGCGUUAACGAGAAAACAAGAUGA